AAGUAUGAAGCCCACCAGAGUUGGCACAGAAGGGAGUCAGGCCAGGGGGGCUGCACAGUAGAGAGCUGCCGAGGCCUCUUUCGCAGUACCCCAAGCUGAUGCACCUUCGUGGAACAGGCCAGGAAAAAAGUUCAGUGGUCAGUGACCCGGGGGAUUAGAAGGGAGUGGCUGGGGUUAAGAUGCCAGGCCCUGGCCAACUGGUUUGGAGUCAGGGGUGUACAGAACCAGGAAGUGUUACUCAGCCCAGAUCCCCCUGCCCUUCCCGACAGCCCCACGCCUCCUCCUCUCUCCUAGGCCUCUGCAGCUCCUAGGAGAAUUGCCCUCCCAGCCAGGCUCACCUCCUAGGCUUGGCCCAGCGCCUUCCCCAGAGGCGGGACCCCAAAUGAGGCCCAGGCAGCCCCACAGGAACGCAGGACCCUGGCUCUCAGAUGUCCUUUCCUGCCCUGAGGCUCUCUGGGAAAAUCGAGGAAGGCUGAGGAAAUGGAGCAGCCAGGCUUGCUGUCAGGCCAAGGGGAGGGCAAUUCUCCCCUCCCCAAGGUAAUGCUGCUCUGCUGAGAAAACCUGAAGUCACCCUCGGCAUGCCCCGAGCCUGGCCCUGGGAGGAGCCAGCCCUUUAUAGGCACAGGGCUGCUCCGUGUUAACACACCCUCUGCCUCCUUCCUUCCCCCCAUCCCUGCAGGCUCUGCUAAUGAGGGCCUGUCACGGGGCCCCAGGGCUGAGUCACCCACACCAGCAACAGGCCUCUUCCUUCCCCAGCAGUUGUUCCACACGCCUGCCUUUCAAUUAGCUCCCACCUCCCGGAGCUCCUCACCCCACACCCACGGGGGCUGGGGAGCCAGGCCUGCCCGCGAGGACGCAGGGCGUUGGGCUGUGGAGGAAGAGGCGGCAGCGUGGUGACACACAAAGCAGGGCUGCCCCAGACGGUCCCCAGAGGAAUGUUACGCUCCCCAGUGCCCUGGGGCGUUGCCGCUGCCCCAAUCCCUGCCUGCGGAUGCUGCAAUUACCUCAGAGCAUGAGACCAGCCUUCCACCUGACUGAGUCAGCCGAAGACAACAACACAUCUCCUCCGCCACACACUGGCACAAACAGCCAAGCCACUAAUCAGUCUGGAAGCCAGCGGCAGAGAGGCCGGCCCCCCGCAGGCCCAGGGAGAGGGCGAGGAGCCCGGCGCUGGGCAAGAGGAGCCACCUCGGAUCGCGCCACAGCUGCCCUCGCUCCGGCUCCACACAGUGGAGUGCUGUUUCUUCCUCCUGGGGUUUUUCCACUGCCCUAUCAAGUAACCAGGCCACUCCUGUCCCUCUGGGAGACUCCCGUCGCCAGGAACUCUCAGCUUUUUCGGCUCUCCUGGACACGCGGCCGAAGGUCCCUGCUGAGCAGAAACCCGGAGGCCUCUGCUUCUGCCAGCGAAGGCUGCCUCCCUGAUUCUCGCCGUUCACUGCUCCAGCGGGACCAGAUGGCCCCCAGCUGCCCUUGAACCGGGCUUCUGAGGUACCAGGCUUGUCUGCUGGCUCCCCGGGGCCCCAUGGAGACCUGGCAGAAAGACUCCUUCCGCAGCGCCUCCUUCUUCAAGGGGCUGAGACUGCGGCGGCCGCGGAGACUCCGGCGACAGGGCAGCGUGCUCAGCCAGGCCAGCACGGCUGGAGGGGACCAUGAGGAGUACAGCAACCGAGAGGUCGUCCGGGAGCUGCGAGGGAGGCCAGAUGGCCGGCGCCUGCCACUGUGGGGGGACGAGCAGCCCCGGGCCACCCUGCUGGCCCCGCCCAAACCCCCACGCCUCUACCGAGAAAGCUCCAGCUGCCCCAACAUCCUGGAGCCCCCAUCCACCUACACCGCAACCUACUCUGCCACCCUGCCCUCCGCGCUCUCCCUGGCGGACGCCCUCCACCAAUACUCCGAUGAGGACCUUUUGGACACGCCCCCCUUCCAGAGGACACCUGCUCCGGACCUCAGUGAUCCCUUCUUCUCCUUCAAAGUGGACCUCGGGAUUUCACUUCUUGAGGAAGUUCUACAGAUGCUGAGGGAGCAAUUUCCCAGUGAGCCCAGCUUCUGAAUGGGGGAAGGGUGGGCAGAGGUGGGUGAAAGAGCCAGAAGCCUGGGGACCCAGAAGAGGGGACAGUCGUGGAUUAAGGUAAGGAUAGGAAUCCAGGUCCCUGUCUUCCCUCUGGGUCCUGAACAGUUCUCUGAGUCACCCCAGAGUGGAGGACAGAGGUACAGAGGCAAGCUGGAAAUGUGAGGGGGGCACCUGCUGGCAGGAGCCCUGAAGGCAGCUAGCUAGGCUGGGAAAGGGAGGCAAUGCCUGCAACCACAGGGACCAGGCAGAGGCCAGCAGAGAGGGAGGGCGGCAUAAGGGGUGAGUCCGGGAGUGGAGGACGCGCAGACUGGGCAUGACAGAUGGGUGCCCUGCGCCAGCUCCCUCUGAAGCCACCGUCAACAGAACGAGGUUACAGGACAGGUCUGGGCAAAAGUGGUCCAAUCCAGGCUGGAGAGGAAAGUGGGAGACCUAAGGGGAGAGGGAUGAAACAGGCGUGACCUUGUACAGUAUGGUAGCCACUAGCUGCACGUGGCUGUUUAACUGAAAUUAAAUACAAUUAAAAAUUCAGCCCUCAGUCACACUAGCCAGGUUUCAGGUGCUCAACAGCCACAUACGACUAACGGCUACCACACUGGACAGCGCAGAGUGAACGUUAACAUCUCUGGAGAAAGUUCUACUGGGCAGCACAGGCCGAGACCAUGGCCUGGG